UUUACUUAUUACUUUAACUUUAUAGUUAUAGUUUGGGAUAUCGUGCAUCUGUAUCGUAAUAAGUGGUUGCUUCCUUCUAAUAGUGGACAAGAGCUAUGGCGACUAAGGACAAUCCAGUCGGAUUUUUGCAAGAGUUAUGCCAAAAGCAUGGAUAUGCAUUCCCUCUAUACAAAGAGGUAGAUGUUACUGGGCCGGACCAUGAAAGGUCUUUUACAGUCAAAUGUACAUUUCAAAAGUUUGAGGCAAUCGGAAAGGCCCGAACUAAGAAAGAAGCAAAGUCCAAUGCAGCGAAAAACAUGAUCUUAGUUUCUGAACAAUUUUUAGCUGAGACUGUAACUAGAAAGGAGAACAAAAAGCUACAUUCGCCAGAAAAUACAUCAUAUGUUGGAACUAAAAACGCAGUUUCUGUUCUAAAUGAGUUCAGCCAAAAACUUUGUCUGCAGCCACCUAAAUUUGAAGUAGUGUCGGGUGUGCAUGGAUUUGAUUGUUCUUGUACAUUUCAAGAAAAAACAACAUAUGGCCAUGGUUAUAAUAAGAAGUCUGCAAAAACUGAAUCUGCAAAUAAAAUGUGCAUAGUCCUAAAGUUAAAACAUGAAAUAGAUAACAGUACUGAAGAUGAACAAGAAGAAAAUAAAUCAAAAUUGCCUGAAUUUGUAGAAUUGCAGAGUCCAGACUCAAGAAGACCAGCUCUAUCUGGAACUUCAGUUCCUAAUGGUGUUAAGUAUGUCAACCAAACAUUGAGCGCAGCUCCUAUUCAAGAGUUUUUACAAGUAUAUGAAGAAGAGGGAAAGGAUGAGGGAUCUGUGUCAAAUGACCAGCAGCUUGUUGAGACUCAAAGAAAACUCAAAGAACUAAAUCUGGAAAGAGAAAACUAAACUUAAAAUAAAAUUAAGGUAAAAUUUCUGAGUAUUUUAGUUUGUUUAUGCAUUAAGGACUGGUUUAUGAGAUUACAGAGAGGAGUUUUUAUUUCAUCUAUUACAUGCUUAAGUAAGAACAAUUGAAUCUGAUCCCAACCGACAGAUCUUGUGUUAUAAAAUACAAUUUUCCUUACUUCUGAUUCGGUAAUUAGUUUGAAUUUAAAUGUAUUUGUGUAGUACUUUGAAUCUAUACAAUUCAGAGCCUCUUUGGCUUUAGGACUACACCCUACUGAUGUAUGUGCAGAUAGAAAAUGGUUGUUGAAAUUAUUAGCCAAAUGUGUAAGUUUCAAGGAAUUGUUUUGAACAUGAUAAGGUAAUUCAGAUUUUUCCUUUUGUUGUCCAAGUUCACUCUUAACAAUCUCCCAUGUUGCUGUGGUCUUAUUAAGAGAAUUUUUAAUAGAAUGAUCAUUGUAUUUCUUUUUAGAGAGUUCAAUUGUUUUUUUGAAUAUUUGCCUGUAUGUUUUUACAUAAUCUGAUGUAGAUAAAAUAUUUUUAGAAAAGUUUGAAAUGUUAUUAGACAAAAUUGCAUUGGAAGCAAUGUCAAAAAAUGUUUUUAUAAUGGCAGAUACAAAUAUAUAGACUUAUUAACUGAUAAAGUAAGUACUGAUAAUUUACUGGAAAUUUGUGAUUGUUUUGGAUUUAAACCUAAUGUUUUUGUACCAACUAGGGUAAACAGUAUCUCAAGUACGUGUAUUGACAAUAUUAUUUCUAACUUACAGACAAAAAAUACAAGCAGUUUAGUCAUAGACAUUGGUGCAUCAGACCACAAAGUUUUACUUUUGUCAUUUGAGAAAAUGUCCUCUCUAAGACUUGAGGGCAUAAAUCAAAAAUUUAUUCGGAAGUUUACAGAGACAAAUUUUCAAACCUUUGGUGAUGGUCAGGAUCUUGUGGUUCUUGAAGAGUGGCUUGCAGUGUUCUUGGUAAUUUUUCCGGAAUAUUGUUUUAAUGACUUUCUUCUGGAUCACGAGUAGUUGGUCUAAUUUGUUCUGUGCUGAAGAUCCCCAAGCCACAAUGCCGUAUCUAAUGUGACUGGCAAACAGUGCAUGAUAUGCCAUAAGGGCUGUUUCUUCAUCCGUUAUGCUUCUUAUUCUUCUUAUUGCAAACAAUGACUUCGAGAGCUUCUUGCAGAGGUGGUCUAUGUGUUGAUGCCAGCUGAGGUGUUGGUCAACUAUGAUGCCAAGGAAUUUAGUUGAGUCUGCUUCUAUGAGUUUUGAGUUGUUGGUUUUAGGAUGUUUUGUGCAUGUGGGGGUGAAGUUGAUAUGCAAAGUUUUUUUGUUAUUUAUUGGUAGUUGUAGGGUUACAGAUGGUUGUUACUUGAUCUAUUGUUGAGUUUAUGAUGCGUUUUCUAUCUCCAUUUCUCACAGUUGGGGUUAUUAUUGUAGUGUCUUCUGCAAAGAGCACACAUUUUUAGGUGCUGUCUAGUUUGUCUGGGAAGUCGUUUAUGUAUAUGAGGAAUAGUUAAGGUCCCAGUAUUGAGCCCUGUGGUACACCUCUUGUCACUUGUUUGUUUGAUGAUUUUACUACUUUGAUUGAUUUGGGGCUGUAAUGAUUUAUUUCUGUAUAUUGAGUUCUGUCUGUAAGAUAGCUUUUGAUCCAUUUUAAGGCUUGAUUUUGUAUUUUGUAUUUUUCUAAUUUUGGUAUAAGUAUUUUCCAGUCUAAGGAGUCAAAUGCUUUCUGCAGAUCGAUGAAUAUGCCAGUGGUCGUUUGUUUUUCUUCCCAGAUUUCUACAAUUUUGUUACAAAGGUCUGCUAUGGCUGUUGUGGUACUAAGUUUUUUCCUGAAUCCAUGUUGGCAUGACGUGAUUAUGUUAUUUCUUUCCAGGUGUGCAAUAAUUUGAUUGUGAUUGUGUAAUUUGAUUUCCAGUGCUUUUGAGAGAGUGGGUAAGUUUGCUAUGGGCCUCUAGUUACCUGGGUUCAUUUUGUCACCUGCUUUAAAUUUAGGAAUGAUCUUGGCUACUUUGAGUUUGGAUGGGACUUCUGCUUGCAGGAUUGAUGUGUUUAUUAAGUGUAAGAGUGGUUCUUUUAUUUCGUCAGUACAAUAUUUUACUAUUUUUCCCGUUAUAUCGUCAAAGCCUGCAGAGUUUGUUGAGUUGAGCUUGGAAAGAAUUUUUUCGAGUUCAGGGGUUGUAAUUGUAUUGAAACUGUCCAGAGGAGUGAUGUCAAGAUCUGUUUGGUCUUCAGCUGUGUGAUUUAGACUUUGUUGUGAUGUCGUAGGUCCUAGAAACGUGUUGUUAAAGAUGUUGCUUAUGUGAUACGGAUCAGUGACUAUUUUAUUGUUAUGUAGUAGUUUGUAGUUCUCUUAUGGUGUAUCUUGUAUUUUAUUUCUCUCUUCAUUUAUUGUGUUCCAUACCAUUUUUACUUUGUUGUCGGCUUCUUGUAUUCUUUGUAGUUUCUUUUUAUUCCUCACAUCCGUGUCGUAUUCUUUCUUUAGUUUUGAGAAGUUUUCUUUAUCCUCAGGAAGUCCAGUGUCCAUAUAUUUGUGUUGGACCUUAAGUAUGGUUUCUUUUAGUGCUAGUGUUUUUUCAUCCCUGAAUUUUCUUUUUCUAUGGCCCGUUGUUUUUCUUUGUAUCUUUGACAUUACUUCAUCUAUUUUGUAGGUUAUGGUUUUUAAGAGUGAAUUGUAUUUUUUAUCAAUUUGUUGGGCUUCAUAGAUUGAAGUCCAGUCUGUGUGGCUCAGCUGCUCUUUUAGCUGCUCAAGGUUUGUCUUUGUGUAGCUUCUAGUGGUUUUGUAGACUGAGGUUUCAUAUUUCAUGUUAAAAUUUAUUUCACAGAAUAAUGAGUGGUGGUCAGAAAGUGAGCUUGGGUGUACUGUGGUAUUUACCUUGCGUGGUUCUAUAUUAAGGUAGCAUCCAUCUAUACUUGUGAUUGAUUUUUCGGUUUUUCUGGUAUAUGGUAUAUUGUACAUGUAGCAAUCAUAUUCUGCAAGUAGGUUUUCAAGGUCCAACUGUUAAUAUCACAUUGGUUCACGGUACAGGUACAUUAGGGCUUCUUAUCUUGUUCUUACCAUUAUAGAGUAGAUUCAUUUGUUGUAAUAAAAAUAUAUUAUUUUUGAAUAUGUUUUAUAUUUUUAAGAUGAUGGUUCAUAAAUCAAGAGGCAGAAUUUAUGAAACAUUCAUUAAAUAUUUGUCCACAUUCUUUUUACUUACACCGUGGAAUAAACCAAUACCAUUAGCAAUACCCAAAACCAGUUAUCUGGACAGAUCUUGUCAUACUUAAAAUACAAUAAACAUAAUAAAAACUAAUAUUUACAUUACUGUACUAACUACGAUGGCGGCCAGUUUCACACCCUAAAGUCCAUGCUGUCCUCAAGAUACUUCUCUAUGGAGUAAAGACAUUUGCUCAGUAACCAGUCCUUUAUAAUUUUUAAAAAUAAGUUGUUAAUCUCAGUCGUAUAUUGACUGGCACCUUGUUGAAAAGUUUCAAGUCAAGAAGUGUUUCACUGGUGUCAGUAAUCCUAGUAGCAUGACUAAUUCAUGUAGAUUAAAAGAUAUUCCAGGCCCCAAACAGUACAAUUGAUAUGAUAUCUCUUGAUAAAUUAUGAAUACAUUUUUCAAAUAAGUCAAUAAAUUCUUCUUAUGCUCAUUAGAAAGUUGGGUGACAUGCCGUAAGCAUCAGCACGGGGAGGGUUUGAAAUUGUUAACUACUUUUGCAAUAUAAUUAGGGGUGACUUUAUUCCAUUUCAACAAGGAACAAGGUGCAGAAUUAACAUUGCUACUCAUGGAUCAGCCAAACUAUUGCACGUCUUCUUGUAAAUAUAUAUUUAAAAUUUAGAACAUAAAUCUUAAAUUGUGUAUAGCCUAAAAUUAGAGUGAAAUAUUAUAUUUAACAUCAAGACACUCAAAUGUCCCCAACACUGUGUACUCAUAAACAGGCUUCCUAUGUAUAUUCUUGUUGAUAAAAUAUCUUUAGUUUGUAUAGACAAUAUUCUGUUUUUAUAAAGGGAAAUGUAUCCAUAUUAUUAUUUAUUUAACUGUUGGGUUUAAGGGGGGAGUUCACGCCAAAAAAUGGCCAAAAUAUGAAUUUUUACACUUUUUUUUAUUUUUAUUUAUUAUAUAUUACAUUCUGAACAUAAAACAGUUAAAACCAACCUUAUACGAUUUUUUUUUCUCAUAAAAAAAAUACUUUGAAGUAGCACUUUGUCAAUCACUAAAAGCACCGUGUUUUGGUAUUCGGUCGUUGCC